UGACGCCCCCUGUAUGCGUAUAAUGGUACAGUCCGGUGAAUAGCGCUCAGUGUAGAUUCAGGGAGCGGCGGGGGAGAAUCAUUUACAGCGAGAAGAGCGGCGGGACAGAUAUGCCGAGCCCCGAUUAUUUCCCAAGAAACACGGCAAAAACCACGUUUAUAGGAUUCGCUCGUAGGAUUGGGCAGUACUUUUGGUGAAACUCAUGAAAAGAAACAUUUGGAACUUGGUAAAGAAGAGACGAUAUAAACGUGCGGUUUUGAUGCACAAUAAAUAAACGCCUCUUUGCUCUUUUGCUUUCUACUGCAACUGAGGAGUUAAGGAGCUCAUCUUGAACGAAAGAACAAAGAAAGAUGUGAGACUUUACGUGAAACAGUCGUUUGAGAAGCGCGAGCGCGUUCCUUUAAUCUCUGUGGAGAGAAUUACUUUCCCGCCGUUUGAUUUAUAUCGCUUCAAAAUGUCCUAUGUUGGAUUAUUGCGUUUGCUUCAACUUCAGAGAAAACAAAAGAGCAUGUGUAACCUGACUCUCUGUUUUUUACUCGUCCUGACGUGUUCCAGCUCAUCUUUAUCGUUAUGUCCUGCCCAUUGCUCGUGCGAAAGCACAGUUGUGAACUGUGUUAGCCAAAACUUGAGCUCCAUCCCACAGCCCCUUCCAGAAAACGUCACCACACUUAACCUCAGUGGAAACAAUAUAAGGAAUCUGAACAAUGAAUCUUUCCCUAGGACUUUGGAACAUUUAACACACCUUUAUGUGUCUGGAAGCCAAGUGGAGAAUUUGGACUCCAUGGUGUUUAAAAACUUGCCAAAUCUGCAUUUACUUGACCUCAGCAACAACAGGAUUUCUGAGUUUAACAUCGAGGCUUUACCUCAAGACAACAAGAUUGAGGUUCUAAACCUCAGUAAAUCCUUAUUCAAUCACUCCUACAUAGGUGUGUUUGCAGAUCUUUUCAGACGCAGCCUACCUAAGGUUUCCCAUCUUGAUUUGUCCAAUAAUGAUCUAAUGUUCCUUCCAGAGGACAUAUUCACAGAUUUGUCAAACCUAACUGUUUUGGAUAUGAGGAACAACACCCUUGUUUCAUUCGCUAAUGAAACGUUUUGGAAUCGGGCACUUAAAGAGUUGGACUUAAGAGACAACGCGUUGAAAGUCCUGCCAAACAUGACCCUGGCGGGGCUCAGUUUGAUCCCUGAUUUGCGCGUCAGUCUUGCAGGAAACCCCUGGCGCUGUGAUUGCGACAUUGAGGACAUGUUGAUUUGGUUGGAGAGAUAUGACUUUGUGGUGGACAGAUUAAACCUGACCUGUUCUGACCCAACAGAACUGAAAAAUGCCACACUUUUACACCUAGAACAUUCACAGCUCCCGUGCUGGAGCAACGCUGAAGAUGUGGAGCGGGCUCUGGAGCCCUCGUAUGUGUUUUUGGGGAUGGUUCUUGCCCUCAUUGGGGUCAUUUUCCUUCUGGUCCUUUACCUUAACAGGAAAGGGAUCAAGAAGUGGAUGUACAAUAUCCGUGACGCGUGCAGAGAUCAUAUGGAGGGAUACCAUUACAGAUACGAGAUCAACUCAGACCCACGGCUAGCCAGCCUCAGCCUCAACUCCGAUGUGUGACGAGACGCGUUUGGAAACCUGGCUUGCACAACUGGCACGCAAUGAUCUGACUCUAGCUUUGCAUGAAUACAUAUAACUGUAGAGGUUUGCUGUGACAUGCAUCCUUUUCUGUCAGAUAGGACAGUAACUGGAUUCUGCCAGGAUCAACCCUGUUAUGCUCGCCUUCAGCUCAUUCAAAUAUGCUGGUGUGUUGCUAUAAUGUUGUCCAGUGAUGCAUGAAUCAAGAACAUCAAGUACGUACAUUUAGAAUUCAUUUUCCCAGUUUUUUUUUUAUACAAUGUAUGGGACUGUGGAUAGGUUUGUCUUUUCUGAUGAAAUCCGAAAUUCUGAUUACAGAGUAACCGUUUCUCUUGCAAAAUGCCUGAACAAACUGAUUGUUUAAUGUUAUUUUUAUAGCUUAUUUCGUUUCUUCUGCAAAAAUACUGCCAUGCAUGUAUCUAAGUAUUUUUUCAUUGAUGUAAAAUUAUGGCAAUAUCCACUUUUUUAUGAUGAGAUAUUUGGUUUUAUAUUUACAUUUAUUGACUGCUCAUAGAUCAACUCUUUUCUUGGGAUGCCCUGUUGAAUUAAAGGUCUUGCACUGA